AUGUUGGCCAUGCACAGUCAUCAGUCCUCGGUGCAGAAUCUAUCUCCCGUUGUAAAAAAUCCUUCAGCUGCCACUUCCUCUGUCACAAGUGGAGCCGGUCCGUUCCGUUGCGCGCCAACAACUUCUUCGCUGGGUCUAUACUCUCACGUCCCACGGUCUGGGAGCGCCAUCGAGAGUCCCUCCUCGUCCGACGACAGCCAGUCGCACAGUCUGAACGAUGAUACCUCCGACGAGCUUAUGAUUGACUGGCAUCAUCAGGACGACCACCGUCUCCUUCCGUCCGCGAAUGCCUACAGAAUGCGCCGCGAAUCCGAUCAAACGUCCCCCUCGUCUGCCACGUCCGUGACCUUUGCCAGCACCGAUCUCCACCCCAAUAAUGUCUCCGAUACCAUCGACCCCAAUUCGCCUGAUGCGCUCGCCCCGAAGAUAGAGGAGUUGGAUGACGACGGGGAGGUUUUAUUGGAUCUCAAGCCCGGCGACGACCGUCCCGGCGACGAUAUUUCUACAACCGCUGUUGCCAGUCUACCACGAAAGCGAGGUCGACCACGCAAGCACCCCUUACCCAUGCCCGGUGGUCAGAUGAAAGUCGCCAAAGGCCGUUCAAAGACCGGUUGUAUUACCUGUCGGAGGAGGAAGAAGAAAUGCGACGAGACAAAACCGGCCUGCCUGAACUGUCAGAAGAAUGCCGUUGUUUGCGAAGGUUAUCCUCCGAAGGAAAUCUGGAAGAGCGGGAAACAGAAAAUGGCAGAUGCGGUCCGACGAAGUUCUAUUUCACUGUUGUUACCACGCGGACUCCCUAUCCUGAUUGAUGGAAUUGAAACGGACGUUGACCGUCGAUUCCUCGACCAUUUCGUCUUCGAUUUCAGUCGAGUGCUCACCCUAAUUAACGACGACUCUAACCCGUUCAAAGAGAUUCUACUUCCCAUGGCCACUCAACAUCGAGGUUUGAUGCAUUCUUUAAUGUGUUUGUCAGGUUCCCAUCUAUCAGCGCGAGACCCCGAACCCCGUUUCAAAGAAAGAAAACACUACCAUUUCGACCGAGCCAUCACCGACCUGCGGGAUAGCAUUAAUGCCGCUCCCGUGGUGGAAGAUCCUGAGGAGCCGCAGUUAUUAGUGGAGGAUCCGAUCAUUGCUUCAACACUUGCUUUGUGCUUGAACACCAUCUGCGAGGGAGAGACUAGCGGAGAGUAUCGAUCUCAUAUGGAUGCUGCCCGCUAUCUCUUACUCAAUCAGAAGCCGAAGAACGAAAAGUUUCGACAGUUCAUUAUCGAAUUCUUUCAAUACCAUGAUGUAUCGAAUUCGUUGACUUCUCUGGACAGACGACCAGUGCAGCUCACUGGCGAUCUUCGACUUCCGGACUUUGUACCUCACGCACAGGCGGGAACGUUCCUUGGUAUUUUCGAUGGCUUGUUCAACUAUAUUUCCGAAAUCACUAGGCUAAGGGAUCGCAUUCGAGUACGCCAUAGCGAAGGGUUCGAACCGGCCGUUGACUAUCAGAUUCUCAGUGAAGCAGUUACCAUCGAUUCCGCUCUACGGUUCUGGGAGCCAUCGUAUGCUCCUGAAACUCCGAAUUGGUACGCCUCGCAACUGUACCGACAGUCGACAUGGGUAUACCUGUACCGAACCAUCAGGCCAUCACGUUCUAGCGAGAAGAUUUCCCAGGUUGUCGACGAUGCCUUGAAGUACCUAGAUCUACUUCCCCAGGACGCAGGAGCAUAUAGCAUUAUGCUCAUGCCGCUGUUCCUCAUUGGAUGCUCUGCAUUCUUGCCCCGUCAACGCGAGAGGAUCAAGCAAGGCUUCGAUGCGCUGAAAGAGUACUCCAGUCUGCGAAACAUCGAGCCAGCUCUCAGAGUCGUCGAACGGGUCUGGGAAGUUAUGGAUACGAAGAUGGAGGAAAGCUGGGACUGGGAGAAGAUCAUUGAAGAGAUGCAGAUGGACUUUUUGAUUACUUGA